AUGAUUCGGUCUCAUCCUCGACCUACGCUCUUUGAUUUCAGUAGAUUGUUUAGUGGCAUUGCUAGGACAAGACAAUACGAACUCGUGUUUGGUCUCUGCAAGAAGAUGGAACUGAAUGGGAUUGUACAUAAUAUCUACACUUUGAAUAUUAUGAUCAAUUGUUUUUGUAGGUCUUGUAAAACUUGUUUCGCUUUUUCUGUUUUGGGGAAAAUCAUGAAACUUGGGUAUGAGCCUGACACAGUCACAUUUCCAACUUUGAUAAAUGGACUAUGUCGCGAGGGUAAAGUGUCCGAGGCUGUAGGGCUAGUUGAUCGAAUGGUGGAAAUGAGACACAGACCCAAUCUCAUAACGCUUAACACUCUGAUCAAUGGACUUUGUCUCAAAGGUAGAGUGACUGAAGCGGUAGAUUUAAUCGAUAGAAUGGUGGAAAAUGGUUAUCAACCGGAUGAAAUUACCUAUGGUCCGAUUUUAAACAGAAUAUGCAAGUCGGGGAACACUGCCUUGGCUUUGGAUUUGCUCAGAAAAACGGAAAAAGAAAGAAAGAUCAAGUUCGGAGUAGUAACAAAUAAUAUCAUUAUCGAUGGUCUCUGCAAAGAUGGGAGAGUGGACGAUGCACUCAACCUUUUCAACGAAAUGGAAAUGAAAGGAAUCAAAGCAGAUGUUUUUACUUACAAUUCUCUCAUUGGAGGCUUUUGCCAUGCCGGUAGAUGGAAUGAUGGUGCACAGUUGUUGAGGGAUAUGAUCACGAGGAAAAUCACCCCCGGCGCCAUCACUUUUAAUUUAUUGAUUGAUAGUUUUGUGAAAGAAGGGAAGCUUCUAGAGGCGAAAGAAUUGUACAGUGAGAUGGUUAGAAGAGGUAUAUCUCCUGAUACCAUUACAUAUAGUUCUUUGAUAGAUGGGUUUUGCAAGGAGAACCGCCUAGACGAGGCCAAUCAGAUGAUCGAUCAGAUGGUUAGUAAGGGUUGCGAUCCUGAUAUCGUGACUUAUAGUAUUCUCAUAAAUGGAUAUUGUAAGGCUAAGCGGGUUGACGAUGGUAUGAGACUUUUCCGUGAGAUUUCUUUGAGAGGGCUGGUUGCCAACAGGGUAACUUAUAACACUCUCAUCCAAGGGUUUUGUCAACUGGGAAAAGUUAGCGUAGCCAAAGAACUCUUCCAAGAGAUGGUUUCUCGUGGUGUGCCACCUGAUAUUGUAACUUAUUGUAUUUUGCUGGAUGGGUUGUGUGCCAACGGAGGGCUAGAAAAAGCAUUGGAAAUAUAUGAAAAAAUGCAGAAGAGUAAGAUGGAUCUCGGUAUUGGUAUCUAUAAUAUCAUCAUUCACGGGAUGUGCAAUGCUGGUAAGGUGGAUGAAGCAUGGGAUAUAUUCAGUAGUCUACCUCACAAAGGAGUGAAGCACGAUGUCAAAACAUACAAUGUGAUGAUGUUGGGAAUUUGUCAAAAAGGCUCGCUGUCUAAAGCAGACAUGCUGUUUAGAAAAAUGAAAGAGGAUGGGUAUGCGCCAGACAGUGGUACAUACAACACACUCAUCAGGGCACAUCUCCGAGGUUGUGAUGUAAACACUUCGGUUGAACUGAUCGAAGAAAUGAAGAGGUGUGGUUUCUGUGCAGAUGCUUCCACAAUGAAGAUGGUAUUUGAUAGGCUAUCGCGUGGUGAAUUGGACAAAAACUUUCUUGAUAUGCUUUCUUGUAUGUCUUGA